UCCCUGGCAGGAUGAAUGUCUUAGUAGGCAAGAACCUGGCAUUGUGAUCAUUUUAAGUUUGUUGCUAGCCAUGUGGUGGAUUUAAUCUCCUCUAGCACCUGAAACUCAAAUGAUUUGACCCUUCUAUCCAUUAAAGAUGCACUCAACAACUUUUAUGUAUUGAUUUAUGAUAAAUAAUGUUUUAUUCAUUUUUCACAUUUUAUGUAAACUCUAAUAACAUGAUCACUCUACUGGAAAUAAAAAGGAAUUCUCUUAGACCUUUCUUUCAAUUUCUGCAGAGUGAAUUUGUUUGCACUAAAGUUGUACUGCAUUGAGUUUGGGAUACUCUUUUCUUGCAUGGUCUGAGUACAGUUUAAUUUCUUAGCAAUAGACUCGAGGUAAUUUCAGUAAUGAUAUGUAAACAGUAAUGACAUAUAACAUAUAUGUAUAAUUCAUAGAGUUGCGCUUUCUUAAUAAUAUUCAUAGAUGUCUGGUCCAUCUCUUAAAAUUACAAAACUAAAAACCUUAAAAGCUAAACUUAAUCACUGAGCUACAAUCAUUUUCAGAGUGAUCAGGAAAGGAAUUAUGGUUAUCUUAAGCUCUUUGCUAUCUAGCAUAAGUUGAGAUAUCAAAUGAAAAGUCUCCUAUAUCAGUUUUCAUUUGAGCAGUUGGGGCAUUGGGAACAAUACAUUUAUUUGGUUCUCUUUCGUAUUUUAAGGCUUGCACAGGAGGGGGAUGCAAAAUCAGUGAGAUCAGCAUCGCUUUAACUGAUGAGACUGUCCCAGAAGGUGUUCCUGCUCCUACAGCCCAGUCUUAUUCAUCUGACUCUUUUAACAUCUCCUGGACUAAACCUGAAUAUCCGAAUGGUGUUUUAACAACUUAUGGACUAUACAUCGAUGGUGUACUAAUGCAGAAUUUAUCAUGCCUCACCUAUUAUGCUCAUGGAUUUGCUCCUUGGAGUUUACAUUCUUUCAGAGUCCAGGCAUGCACAGCCAAAGGUUGUGCUUUGGGGCCAUUGGUAGAAAAUAGAACAAAUGAGGCACCUCCUGAAGGAGCAGUAACAGUAUUUGUAAUCCUGGAGGGACCCCGGGAAGUCAAGCUCAAGUGGGAAGCACCUCUUUCUCCUAAUGGACGCUUGACCUAUGCAGUCUUUUUUACUGGGCUUUUCUAUGUGGAACAAGUCAAAUACAACUACAGUCUUCUGAAUGACACACAAAUCUUAUAUCACACUGAAGAGGCUAACCUGUGGGUGCCCAUUAGUGGAUUGGUUCCAUUUUCUAACUACACUGUGGAAGUGAAUGCAUCAAAUAGCCAAGGCAGUGUGAUAAGUGAUCCUAUAACAAUCAUGAUGCCUCCAGGGGCUCCAGAUGGCGUGCUGCCUCCAAGGCUUUCAUCUGCCACUCCAACCAGUCUUCAGGUUGUCUGGUCUACACCAGUUCGCAACAAUGCUCCAGGCUCUCCCAGUUACCGACUCCAGAUGAGACCUAGCCACUCCAUGGAUGGAAUUCUAGACCUGUUUUCAGAUCCAUCUGCCUCUGUAAGCUAUGUAAUUGGAGAUCUCCAGCCAUUCACGACAUAUGAGCUGAGGUUGAUCGCCUCCAAUGAAUAUGGCAGCACAUACAGUGACUGGACUUCCCUGGUGACUACAGAGGACAAACCAGGACCUAUCGACCCUCCUUUUCUUUUGGAUGUGAGCCCAAGAACAAUGACUCUGAAGUGGCAACAUCCAUCAAGACCCAAUGGUGUUAUCACCCAUUAUAAUAUUUAUAAAAAUGGCCAUUUUCAUUCAAAGCUUUCAGGAAAAAUAUCUAACAGUACCAUGCUUAACUUACACCCCAAUGCAAGCUACCAUUUUCAGUUAGAAGGCUGCACUUCAAAAGGAUGCUCUCUUUCACCUGAGACCCGGACCGUAUGGACGCUUCCAGAUGCACCAGAAGACAUUCCAAACCCAGAACUGUAUUCUGAUACCCCAACUUCUGUGUCUAUUUCUUGGAAACUCCCUCUCUUCCCCAAUGGCCAACUGGAGAACUUCACCAUUCAGAGAAAAUCUAAAGGGAUGGAACAAGUGACCACAUUGGUGACUCUCCCACUGAAUCAUUCCAUGAAAUUUGUUGACCAAACUUCUGCUCUUAGCCCAUGGACAACAUAUGAGUACCGAAUACUAAUGAGCACAUUAAACGGAGGUACAAAUAGCAGUGCUUGGGUAGAAGUUACCACAAGACCAUCAAGGCCUGCUGGGGUUCAACCACCUGAGGUGCUGGUGUUGGGACCAGAUAUGGCCAAGGUCAUUUGGAGCCCCCCUCUCAUCCCAAAUGGAAACAUACUCAGCUAUGAAGUCUGCAUGCCAGAUCCUAGAAUUAGAGUCACCCCCAGUGGAAGUAAUACCUCACUAUUAAGUCAAAUAAUGAGCCACCUUAUUCCAUUCACAAACUAUUCAGUCACCAUAGUAGCUUGCUCAGGAGGUGGGGGUCAUCUUGGAGGAUGCACAGAGAGUUUGCCUACUCAUAUCAUAACCCAUCCCACAAUACCCCAGGGUAUUGGUACUUUGUCAGUGACUCCAGUGAGUGAGUCCUACAUUGGGGUUUCUUGGCAGCCACCCAGUAGACCAAAUGGACCUCAUUUGAGAUAUGAGCUUCUGAGACGUAAAAUCCAGCAACCACUUGCAUCAAAUCCCCCUGAAGAUUUAAAUCUGUGGCGCACUAUUUACUCAGGAACUCAGCGGUUUUACGAAGAUAAGGGUCUUAGCAGGUGAGAUUACACAAACUAUAAAAACCAACGCUGGCAU